UUGUGUCCUCCAGAUCCUGUACGUUGUACUGUGUGCAAAUUUGGUGGAAAUGCAUGAUAAACAGCUGAUUCUAAGCAUGCAUGUAUACCGUACACACGACCACAAACUGCAACUGUGAACAUUGUUAUGAUCGUCUUGCCGCUUCUGAACAGCCGGAAAACCCGGAAUUAGGCCUGUUUUCACUAUUUUCUGAUUCUAGUUACACACGCAUUGUGUUUGGAACUCGGAUGGAGGAUAAUUCCAUUUCCUUCUUGUUGAAUAUUACAACAUUAACACUGACAACACGACUGAAAUGUCAUUAAUAGAAAUCUGAAGUGAAGACAGUUAACGUGUGAUUGUGGCUCCGGCAAUUGAAGCGUAUACGUCAUCGACGAGACGAGACGGCCGAUACUGUGCAGAAUCGACUCGGACUUUUCAACUCUCAUUACAUUAGUUACAUUCCUAAAUGAACAUCGUUUUUCAGCCUACGAUUGGAAUCACAUUUGUGUAUUAUUUGUUGUUGCUAAAAUGGUUACGACAAUUGAUUCUAUGGAGUGGACUGAGCCGAGUGCAGUGAUCAUCAAGUUUUUUUAAAACUAGGUGGACAACAGGAAAAUUUAAUUUUUUAAUUUUGAAGAAACAUUAAACUUGGUGAAGAACAAUGGGAUUCUCUGGAGCUUAUGGACCCGAUUGUGGAGAACUAAAAUACAAAUUGAUCCAUGAAAGCGGCAUACAAAUAUGUCGAAUAAACCACGCGAAUACAGUUGUGAACAAAAUCUUGAAUUUAAAAUUCAUGAGAAGAUGGGAAACGCAUCAAUUAGUAUUGGGGGAUACAACGAUAUAUUCUAGAAAUCCCCAAGGUUACAUGGAAUGUCCAGUCCCUUAUGGUAUCAUACAUGACAUACAUGCACUGUCACGAUGGGAAGCAGGUCAAAAUGCUUGUCUGAGGAUCGUCUUAAGCACAGGCUCAGUAUUGCUGCAGGCCGGCAAUGUUUACGUUCGUGAUCAAUGGUUGCAUUCCCUCCUGUGGAAGAGAGCUAUACACAGAUUCAAGAAACUAAUAUGUAACACCACUAAGCCUGAGGUCUUCAUGCAAGAAAUAUCAUCGAUGAUAGAACUGACCCUAACAACAUGUGUGCAAGAUCAAGACAUAUGCCAGGUUCCGCUGGAGAUUGUCUCAGACAUUCUGUCACAGAACGCUGACAUGAUUAACUCUGUGGCACAUGAGAGCAUCAUCAUGGCUGUAGCUCCUCUCCUAGAGAACAACCAACCAUCACCUGAGAUCUGUUCCUUCUUCAGCAAACAUUGUAGGAACUCACCACGUUCUAAAGUCGUUAUUGAGAUGUUCACACCGGUCAUACACAGGAUCCUCAAACACAAUAUGGACUUUGGAAAGAAUCCACGGCUCCAGGCAUUUGUGCGUGAUUUCAUUCUAGCAAUGCAUUACAAAGACGACCAUGAUUUUGCCUUCAAGGAAUUUGUCAGCAUCAUGCAUGGGCCAAGUAUUGAGUGCCCUCAUCCUAGAGUACUCCCUAACUUGGUUGCCAUAUGCCUUGCUUCUAUCGCCACUUUCUACCAAGAUUCAAACAGAUGCAGAUUGCGUGAGAUCCAAUGUGAGGACAGUGUGAGCUCUACAGGAGAUGAAACCGUACUUCAUGAACUAGAUGUUAUGACAUCCUUUGUCAAAGUACUACAACUAACGGCUGAUUAUGAUGACUGGCUCCCUUCUCUUUCUGGAAUGCUGCUACCCAUUCCGUUUCCUAAAGUGGCAAUGACGCACAGACCCCUCACGUCGAGACUGAAAUACAUCAUAGGCAGGUUUGCAUCUGACUUCAGAUGUGAGGUUCAUACUGCUGUAUGUGGUGUGCGUGAUGGUAAGGCUGGAUGGUUAGAUCUCUACUGCCCAUCAGGUCCUGCAUGUGAUGAUGAAGGACAGCUAUUCUCUCUCAUGAUACAGAAGCUCAUAUCCUGUUGCUGUAGAAGACGUAGAUUUUUGCUGUCUGUCACACCACGCCUCUUUGAACCAGUUCUUCUGCUGGCUCUUAACGGCAACGUCACCUGUACUGAGAUGCUAUGCUUGAUGCUGGAGCUUGAUGUCUUGGAGACAGAGGAACAAGAGAUGCAGGUCAUCCAGGCACUCAAGAGCAUUGAUGAGGGUCAGAUAAUGUAUGAUGCUCUCUGUGAAAGACAGCUGGCCCUCCGACAACUGCAAGAGAAGGGUGGGCCUAAGUCCCUUUCUCUGCCAUCUAAAUCAACGGAUGUGGAUGUAGCAAAGCUUUUCAGUGCUGGACCAUUGGGUAAUCUAGAGAGUCUGAACUUGGCCUUUACGCAUGUAACAAGCGGAUGUGCUGAGACACUCAUCAAACUACCCAAUCUCAAACAACUCAAUCUCUGGUCUACUCAGUUUGGUGAUGGUGGUUUGGAGCUCAUCACAGAGCACAUGCAUGAGUUAGAGAGUCUGAACCUAUGUGAGACUCAGGUUACCGAUGAUGGACUGAGAUGUCUGGUAGAUCUCAAGAAACUCAACCAUCUCAAUCUGAACAGCACUCCUCUCACCACUCGUACCUUCAGGUUACUCACUGGAAAUUUGCCUGAAUUGAAAACUAUGGACACAAGAUACACUGAUGCCUGAGGGCUAGACACCGGCUGGGAAACUGUGCUUGGAUCUUCUUAUGUCAACUCACAACUCACAAACAUACAAAAGAAACAACUCUAAAGCUUAAGCUGAUAUCUUCAUGGAAGCCUUGCAUGUCAUUGAACAAAGGGUGAAGAAAGGGCACGAACUUAAAGACAUUAAUAGGAGCUUUUCUUGAUUAGAAUUCUAUGCUCUGCAGGAGUGUGUUGUAAUCCCCAUAUUGUGUCUGGCCCACAUGGAUUACUCGGAGCAUCAGAAGCCAGUGGAAAUCUACAGCAGCUAGGAGCUGUGUAUACAUGUGUGCAAAUCUUGACAAGAGGCAAACAUUAAUGAAAGAAAUCCAAGUGGAAAUAUGUAUGAAUAUUAUGUCUUAUUUUUUAUUUUUACCCUUUUUCAUUGUUAGAAUUGAAAAAGAGUGUUUCAUCAAACCUGUAAGAACAUGUUUACAAAUUCAGAAGAUAUGAAUCAUUCUUUUCAGAUUUUAUAAAGACAUUGGUCAGUUUUUGCAUUGGUCAGAUUCUUAUUUUUUUGUUUUGUCAAUGAGGUGUAAAAUCAUUUAAACAUGUUAUAUCUUGUUUUGUUUUAUGUAAGGCAAGUCUGACAUAUAUAUAUAAGAUGCCCCUAUUCUCAGAUUAUCAGAGGUGAUACCGGUUAACAGUCAAAGCUCCUUUCAGUCAUAUUUUAUGGUUGCUUUCAUGUCUUUACUUUGAUUUUCUUUCAUUCAUGAAAUAGAAAUUUGCAAUGUAUGACAAGAGAAUUCUAUAUAUGAUCAUUUAUAUCACACAGAGAUAUUAGAUAUUAGAUAUACUGUAUAUGUGAAAGACAUACGGUAUGCUUCAGAUUUUUAUGAAAUCGUAGAAUGUCGAAAAUGCAGUACUGCUUGAAAAAGAGAGAUUAUAGCCCGGCUUAGGCUGUGCUUUUGUUCAUUUUAUUAAUGAAUAUGCUGUAAAAGGGGUUUCAGGCAUUAAUGUUCUUCUACAAUAGAAAAUGCAAACAUUUUGAUACACGGCUCAUGUGAUUUGAGAAUUAGCUGCAUAUUUUGCUCACAAAGUUGGUGUAUCAAUGUUUAGUUCAUUACAUAAUGUUUAAGUUGAAACAAUCAGUCAUUUGCUGCAAUGCAAGUACCGGUAUUACAAUUAUUUUGAAGAAUGUUUGUAGUUGACUCAAAUUAAGCCAUUCCUUUAGACUUACUUAUUUGAAUAUUUUCUGAGGGAGUAUGAUCAGACAAAGAUUAUAUGGGGGGGGGGGUGUAAUGUAAGGACCUGGUAAGCUUUUGAAGUUUUGUUUGCAGUGCAAGAUUAAAUACAUACUAUAGUCUAUGAUCUAUAAAAGCACUACUCGGUGAAAUACUGUCCAUUAGUUAAUUGUACUUACCUCUGCAUUAUUUGGUUGUUCUUAUCAAUGAGAGUGAAACAAAUCAAAUAGCCCGUUAUCAUAAUCAUGCAGAAUCAUAAUCAUGAUCGUAAAAGGUCAUGGAAUCAUCAAGAGUUCUGAAAGUCAUUAAAAAUGUACCAGCCCUUAGAAUUAACAUGUAUUUUAGAACUGAUUAUUUAGACAAGUACACAUUUUAGUGCAAUAUUAUAUGUAUUGAACAAACUCUUUUAUAAUGUAGAUGUAGGUGUAGUCUGGAGACCAAACCUUUUUCUCGUGUUUUGUGUCCCGAGUACCAUUUCUUUUUCAUCUAUUUUAUUUUGUAUUUUACUGUUAUUUAAAUUGCCUUUGAAAUAAACCUAUUUUUGUAAGAUAUAAUAUUUUAUUCCAAUUGAGGAUUUCCUCUGAAUUGCUCCAAACCUGAUGCUCAUCUUCACCGGAUACAUCAAGGUGUCACUUCUUCAAUAUUCAAAAUGGAAAGAUUGUUUUUCACACAUCGUUUUAUAAAUAAGAAGAUAAAAAUUGAACAAAAGAGAAUAAACAUGAUUAUGCAUGUUAUGGCAGUUACUUUACAGGACUGAUUUUUAUUUCACAUUAGUUGAUGUAAUAUUUUCCCUUGCUGAUAUUUUAAUGUCUGUAAGGGAAACUGUGAGUCGUGCAUCUCUCUUUCAUGUUAUUAUCUAGAGUAUUGUUUCUUAGAGUAUAUUUAACAUGCAGUUAAAAGAAACAAAAUCUAAUCAUGUUUGAUCAGCAACUCUCUUUCAAAGUCAAUCAUGCAAAAGAAAUUGCAUGUAAUUUUAUGUUCAUUUAUGGUGAUGUCAUCUAAAAACUUUCUUUUUUAUUUCUUUUUUUUUGUAUAAAGAAGAGGACAAUGGUUGUAUAUUACUCACCAAAUUAUCCAAGAUAAGUCUACUACUAGGUACUGCUACUAAAAAGCUGUGAGAGAAAGUGAAUUUGAGUAAAAGCCUUUUUGAAAAUGUGUUGUGAAGUGAGGGAGAAGGAACCCUUUUUUUUCCUUUUGAUAACCAUACAAUGUACAGGUACACUUUUAUGAAGAAGUUGCAAUUUGUUUUUAUUUCUUUUUCCUAUGUUUUGUGAUUGUAAAUAAAUUGAAAAAGAAGCAUUUGAAAUUGUGCAUUUACGAUUUAUAUUAAAUGAUGCAAUUUCAAGAAAACUUGUUGACAUUUCACUUAUACAAGAAAGGUCAUUGUAGUUUUGUGAAUUGAAAUUCAAAGAUUAUUACAUUAUGGGUAAGAGAACAUCUUCAUGAUCAAAUAAAGGGGAUUAAACAGAAUGAAUCGGGGAAAUAUGAAUAAAUGUAUUUAUCUUGUAAAUAGAAUAUAUCAUUACAAGCUAUAUUUAUUAAGAAUUUGACUUUACCAUUGUUUUGUAAUGAAUUUGCAAUGUUUGUCACAUGUAGUGUGUAAGAUAUUUGCAGAUGUCAGUUAUAUGUCAAAUAAGUCUUUAACUUUUUUUUUCUUCUUUCGAUUGAUGUAAUAUUUUGUAAACAUUUAUGGAAGCUUUGUUGUAUGAAGGAGAACGUGCUAGUUUUUAUUUGUUAACUUCCCUUUUGUUCUAUGUAUAUUUUAUAAGCAAUUUGGACUUGAAAAUUGCAUCCAAUAUGUGAAUAUGAGUACUCUUAAAAGCACUAAGGUAGAAAACAGUGAUGUAAAUUAUGUAAGAAAUUGUUCUAGCAUUACAAGUUGGACACAAAGUGCUACAGCUGGGAGGAUCAAGAGCAAACGUCUGUAUGAGUGUAGUCUGCCUUAUUUCAAAUGUUACUUGAAUGUUGAAGCAGACUGCAUUCAUGGUAACCAUUAAUUAGAAUCUCAGGCACCAAUCAAUGAAGCUAACAUACAAUCAGCGUACGUCUGUCUGCUCCUAGCAAACGGGAGCAAAACAAAAACAAAAACCAACAUUUUGUAAAUUGUAUUAUGUGUGUACAUUUAUUAACAAAGAGUUCCAUAUUGCCUGCAAAUUGCUCAGCUCAUCUAUGUACACUUAAUGUCCAUCAUAGAUUGUUCUUCAACUAUGUGUGAAGAUUCUCUCUAGUUGUAGCCUUAGUUGUACUAAAUUUUAAGUAAUCAUCAGUGGUAAGUUGACGUAGUAUGAUCUUCAGAACCAGAUAAUGGUAUCUCAAUUCUUUGAGUCACACCACAUUUUUCAGAUUUUUGGCUAGUACCAUAUUGAUCAAUACACCUACCUGUAAGAAGUUAACUCACUUGACAACAACUGAAUUGUCUGCUGCACAGUUUGUAUGAGGCACUAGUAUACAAUGACAAUCAUAUAUCUAGCUGAAAUUGUCAUAGAGGCAGAAUUAACUGAAAUAAUUGAAUAUUAGUAGUGAAAAGGAAACACAGACACAGAAAAUUGUAUUAAGCACUUAAUGAAAUAUAUAGUUUACUUUGUAGGUGACUGCAUAGUUUAUAUUGAACAGAUGAUCCAAAUAAAUGUGCAGUUGAUCCUUGUUUGGAAGAUAAUGUUUAGAACCCAGGUUGAGCAUUAUAAACCGUGACAUCUCUCCCAGGAUGUGUUUUCAAGUUAUAUCAGCACUAAUACAUCUUCUCGGUUUAAUAACAGAAAUGUUCACUUUUUACAUAAAUGCGAUGCCUCAUAUUUUAGAUGGUAAAUAUAUAUCUAUUUCUCAAAAUGGAGAUCAGAAAUGAAAUCAUUUUCUUUAUAUAAGAAUAAGCUCUUGUUACUUGUAACUUCCUUGCCAUAUUAUUUUUUUCUUCUUUUUAAGUACAGCUGUAAAAAUGUAAGAGAUUCUAUUUUCGAAAAAUGUGAUUGUGUGUCCUUAUAAGUAAUGCUGUAAAUUAUCUGUUGUAGCUCGACCAUUACCACCUCUCAUUCUAUUUCUCUUCCUUUCUUUUCUUCAUCUCUUUUCAUUUAACGUGCUCAUUUGGCACUGAUAAUGUAUCAUUUUAGAAAUACUCGACAUCAAGUUCAAGUGUUUUGGCACUAAUUUAAACUGUGGACUAAACUUAAUCUACAAGUUUAAACCUCAGAGCGAACUCAAGUGCAUUUUUAGGAAUACCAAUCUGAAUACAUGCAUACAAGGAUAACUUGGAUUUUUAGCCUUUAAAGUAUAAAUCUUUUUCUAAAUGUAUUUAUAGAGUGAUAUACAUGGUGUUGAAAGAUGCUCAAAGUUGUUUUUGGUUUCUAUUUAAAGGUGCUAUUUCUUAGUGAAGCAAUGCUAUAAAGUACGGCAAUCGUUUACACAUGAUAGAGCUGAAAGUAGUACAUUUUGAAUUUGAUUUUUUUUUUUUUUUUUUUUUCUUCAUAAAAAAGGUUGUAGUUGACCAAAAUAAUAAUCUGAAAGGAUUGAUGGUAAUGAUACUUUGGUUUUAUGAAUGUAGGGAGAUGGCUUGAUAACCAUUUUUAAGACAUCCAAUCUACAAACUUUGAAUAUAUAUAUCCUAGUAGCUAGGCCAUAGAUUCUCCUCAUCAGUUGGAACUUUGUUGUAAGAUCAGAAAUAUGAUUUUCUGUUCAGUUCCAAACUUUUGUUGAAGAAUUUGAACAUUUUUUUGUAGUGAAAUAGCUGAUCUGUCCUAGUGGCUAGCAAUCACAUUCAGAAGCUGAUGAAGCUGUAUCAUAAAAAAAUUAAUACUCUGAUACAAACAUUAGAAACUUUAUUUCUUCAAAAAAAGCAAAUUACUCAAAUUUGUAGUUUUUGGUAGCCAGUGAUGGGAUGUGCGCCAUGUUGAAUACAGUGGUUGCUUUACUGGACAAACAGGACGAUUUCUACAAUAUACGGUAGAUAUAUCAUAAAGAAGAUCGCUUAUCAAUUAUUUUUCCUUUUGAUUGUUCGGCUUUUCACUACUACAUGGCAGGGUUUGAAAGGAUAGUGAUUUGAAUUUAUAGUAACAUCUAUAGCAAUGGACAUGUAGACAGAUUUUUAUUUUGCUUUUAAGUAGGAGAGGAAAAGAGAGAGAGAGAGAGAGAGAGAGAGAAAUAGAGAUGGAACUGCUCAAAACUUGGUGAACAUCAGAAUUUUCUCAUUAGAUGUAAUCUAUCAUAACGCUAUUGAUAUGUGAUGUUUAAUGCGGUGUAAGGUAUGAUGUUUUGUCAUUAUUGAGCUACUUUGUAUGUUCAUAUUCCUGUAAUGUUUGUAACAAUUUGUAACAAUGAAAUUUUCUUUACAUUUUUAUUUUUCUUCUAUUAUUUUCUGUUUUGUGGCUGUUUAAUAUUGAAUAAAACAUCAUUUCUGGAGCAGAAA